AUGGGUAAAUUACUACAAUUAUUAUUACAUCCAACAGAAUUAAAAGCUGUAAUCCAAUUAUUAGCAUUUAGACAAUCAUUACAUCCAAAGAAUUCAAUUUCAACUAAUCAUCCAGAAAUAUUAAUUAGAUGUUAUGAAUUGCUUAAUAAAACUUCAAGAUCAUUUGCUGCAGUUAUACAAGAAUUGCAUUUGGAAUUGAGAGAUGCUAUAAUGAUAUUUUAUUUGGUACUUAGAGCAUUGGAUACAAUUGAAGAUGAUAUGACAUUAGAUCCAGAAUUAAAAGUAUCUUUAUUAAGAACAUUUGAUGAAAAAUUAAAUACUAAAGAUUGGACUUUUUCAGGUUCAGGUCCAAAUGAAAAAGAUAGAAUUGUUUUAAUUGAAUUUGAUAAAAUUUUAGCUAUAUAUCAUGAAUUAAAACCUGAAUAUCAAGAUAUAAUUAAAGAUAUUACUAAAAAAAUGGGUAAUGGUAUGGCUGAGUAUAUUUUAGAUGAAAAUUUUAAUCUUAAUGGAGUUGAAACAAUUAAAGAUUAUGAUUUAUAUUGUCAUUAUGUUGCAGGAUUAGUUGGUGAAGGAUUAACUAAAUUAAUGGUUUUAGCUAAAUUUUCCGAUGAUUCUUUACUACAAGAUGAUUUUGAAAAAUCAAAUUCAAUGGGAUUAUUUUUACAAAAGACAAAUAUAAUUAGAGAUUAUCAUGAAGAUUUAGAAGAUGGUAGAAGUUUUUGGCCAAAAGAAGUUUGGUCAAAAUAUACUAAUGAAUUACCAACUUUUCAUAAAGAUCCAACUGCUGAAUUUCAAGGUUUAAGUUGUAUAAAUGAAUUAGUAUUAAAUGCUUUAGGUCAUGUUAGACAUGUAUUGGAAUAUUUAUCAUUAGUGAAAGAUCCUUCAACAUUUUCAUUCUGUGCAAUUCCUCAAGUUAUGGCAAUUGCAACAUUAGCAGAAGUUUAUAAUAAUCCAAAAGUAUUACAUCAAGUUGUUAAAAUUAGAAAAGGUACUACAUGUAAAUUAAUUUUAAACUCAAGAACAUUCCCUGGAGUUGUUGAAAUUUUUAGACAUUAUAUACAAAUUAUAAAUCAUAAAUCAAAUGUUAAAGAUCCAAAUUAUCUUAAAAUUGGUAUAAAAUGUGGAGAAAUUGAACAAUUUUGUGAGGUUAUGUAUCCAAGUAAAGAUGCAAUACCAGAAGGUGCCAAUAAAUUAAUUCAACCAAUAAAUCAAAUAAUUGAAGAUAGAAAAUCAAUUGAUGAUAAAAUGGAUGUGAGAAUAUUUUUUGAAGAAUUUAAUACAAAUGCGGUAUUAGUGUUUGCAACUAUAUUAAUAAUAGGAUUAGUGUAUUAUUUAAGUAAGAUGUUAUAUGACUAA